AUGUCCCCUCCGGAGUCGAAGCCUCUGGAUAGCUUUAACCCUCCAUUCUCGCCUCAUGCAUUAUCACAGGAUCCACAAUUCGGUCAUGACAUGAAGCUUCCUCCUAUAUUCGUUGACCGCAAACGAACACAGUCAGAAAUGGAUCUUCCAUCGCCACCUGUUACGCCCUACACUGGGAACAAGAAGAGAAAAUCAAGCACAUCGGAAAUUAUCGAGCAAGAUGCUGCUACUGGGAUCGCUCGAGACCCUGUCCUGUUCCCUCGACAAGAGUCCAUUGCUGACGUUGCCUCCGAUGAGCCAUUGUUCGGGCCUGUAUUCCCGCCCGCGGCAGAGGCGCUCGUCGAGCAACAUAUCAAUUCUCACAUGGCAAGGUUUGAGAAUAAGCUGAACAAACCGACGCGCGAUGAGUAUCUCCUAGCUCUCUCGUGUGUUCCGAUUGUUUCGGCUCAAUUUAACCGCAACCCGGUAGCAUGGGCUAAGGAGGAGCGGGAAACCCUAGAGCGUCAAUUGAUCAUGAUGAAUCGAUGUUCCCCUCAGAGGUUGGAGGCAAGGUUAAAGAAAAUCGCGCCUGCUCCUGUUAAGAAGGCAGUCACAUCCCAACAUCGCGUGCAAAGGACUCCUAGGGUCAAGCGUACACCAAAAUCCACACCCAAACAGAAGGUUCUUGAUUCGUUUGACACGUCCCCCUCGAAUAACAGACCACCCCGUGCGAUAGGCACAAACCGGGAUGACACAGAUUAUGGUGCGAUCGAUGAUUAUUCCCCCCCAUUAGAAACCCUCGGCAGCAAUGCGAAGGCUUUGAAGGCCGACUGGAAAGGGCAAAUGCUAGAUCUCACUCAUGACCCAGAUCGACAAUUGCUGAGUCCCGCUGAAUUCAAUCUUGCGGCCACUCUCAGGCUUUCAUGCGCCACGUAUCUAUGCAGCAAGCGGCGGAUAUUUGAAGCUCGUGUUAGGGCUCUGAAUGUGGGCAAGGAAUUUCGCAAGACAGAUGCUCAGCAAGCCUGCAAAAUUGACGUUAACAAAGCAAGCAAACUCUGGACUGCAUAUGACCGUGUGGGUUGGUUUAGACCUGAACACUUUCAACAGUACAUGCGGUGA